AUUUUUAAUCAGAAAUUUUUUACAUGGGAGGAUAAUGAGUUUCCCCUACUUAUUUAGAAUAAAAUACGUAUGUCUUAUUAAUGAAAGAUAUAUAAUAUCAAAUAUUUUUUAAAUCGAAGUUUAUGUCAUUCUCUUUUUAAAUAGCUCGUCCUCGUGAUCCUAAGGUAAUUCAAUAUUUUAUGGAAGUUACCAAUAUAUUGACUGGUAAGGAUGAUCAUGAAGAAGAAGAGGAUAUGGAGACGAUUUUCACCAAUAUCUUGACAUCAUUGGGAAUGACCGAAAAUCAAUUAAAAUCUUGUCAUGGUAAAACAGCAACGUUAACGGCACGACAUAUCAUGAUAUUACAAUAUCCGAACCCGGAACCGGACUUUAAGUUUAAGGAAAUUAAUGAAUCCAUUAUCGAUUCAAUUAUCCAAUAUGCAAGAAUUGCCAAUCCAGCUGAUCAAGCUAGUGAUUCUGAAAUAAAACAUGCUAUGGGCAAUUAUGUAGCUGCUUAUGUGUACAAGAAUAAAUUGAAAUAA